ACACUCGUUGGUCGUUGGGCUGCGUGUUAAAAAUAUUACGUUUUGUGUCUUCCCUUUUAAAUAAAAGUGCAGUAUCAGCUAUUAAUGUUAUCAAUAUUUAUUCAGAAUUUUUUUACAUUAUGUCUGAUUGUUUUGACAUGUAACAUUUAACAUAUAAAUGUUAAACUAACUUCGUUGAGAGUAUUUUAUAAACUAUCAUUUUAAUAUUUAGUUAUUAAUUUUACAAUUGUGAAUUAAGUGUACAGGAUAAUGAGUUUUAAGAGGAAAGAUAUGCGUUAUGCCCACGCAGAAGGUCAUACCUCUGUUUGUUUUUCUGAUGAUGGAAGUCAUAUCAUGACCUGUGGUAGCGAUGGUGAUUUUAGAGUUUGGGCUGGUCUGCAAGAUGAUGAUCCUACUUCACAUUGUGUUGGAGAAUGGGCACUUUGUAUAGUAUUCAAGGAAAAUAAAUUAUUUGUGGCUUUAGAUAAUAAUACAGUUCAAUCUUAUAACUAUCCAAGCUGUGAUAAAGAUAUAGUUCUCGAACGCUUCACUGCUCCUGCUUCGCAUCUGGCUGUUGGAUCUCAGCUACUUGUAGCUGGAGCUCAAGAUUCUGAAAUAAGUGUUGUUCCAAAAACCGGAGGUCAAUCUAUAAAAUUAUCAGGACAUGAAGGAGCAAUAUUAUCUGUUUCGAUAUGUCCAACUGAAAAAUAUGUUGCAUCAACUUCUACUGAUGGAACAUUAAGAAUUUGGGCCUUGCAGGAUAAAUGUCAAAUACAUUUAUUCAAUUCUCUACCUAAAGCGAAGAAUUUUGCAGCUGCCAAUGUUUUAGGAAUGUCUAAUUUUGAACCAGUUAGUGGAAAAUACUUAGCUUAUCCUUGUGGUAAAGAAAUUGUGCUAUUGGAUACAACAUCAUGGGAACGUCUUUUUGUUUUUUCACAUACUAAGGUUGAUCACCCCUUCUCAAUAUGUGUAUUUUCUCCAUGCGGAACUCACAUUGCUGGUUCAACAUCUACUGGUCAAAUUUGUGUGUGGGAUGUUUCAACUCAAAAUUGUAAGGUAUUUUCAGAGCACCCAAACUCAUAUAAUGUCUGCUCACUGGCUUGGAACCCAUCGGGAAAUGGAGAAUUGGCAUUUUGUGAUGUAUUUGGCCAAUUAGGAACUAUUGAAGAUUGUUAUGGGUCUAAUAUUGCUCCUGAACGAAGUCCUUUAAAUAACUAUGAUGAUUUGGACUUCGAGGACAAUUUAGAACUUUCUGAGGAAGAUGAAAAUGACAAUGAGAAUGUGAUAUCAUUAGAAAAAAUUAAAAAUGAAACCCUUAAACCAGAAACAAUUGCUUUGGACACUGAUAGAGCUUCAUCUUCAGCCAGUGUUCAUAGAAAAUCACCAGUACUACCGAUAACUCCAUUGCAACCUCCAUUUCAACCAGGUUCAACACCUGCGCAUUUAGAGCAUAGAUAUAUGGUUUGGAAUGGUAUAGGAAUUGUUCGAUCUCACAUAUCUGAAUCUGAGAACUCAAUAGAAGUCGAAUUUCAUGAUUCAUUAACGCAUCAUGGAAUUCAUAUGAAUAAUUAUUUGGGUCAUACGAUGGCCAGCUUGUCAAAUUCCGUUUUAGCAAUGGCUUGUGAAACUCCAAGCAAACUUGUUUGUAUCACAUUGGGAGCAUCUGGCAGAGAAUGGUCUACCGAAAUGCCACAAGAUGAAGAAAUAUUAGCCAUUGGGGCAGGUGACAAAUUGGUAGCGGUUGCUACUGACCAAAGGAUAUUAAGACUGUUCACUGUUUUUGGAACUCAAAGAGAAGUUAUUGCAAUUCCUGGUCCAAUAAUAUGCCUAGCAGGUUAUGGAAAUAAAAUUUUAGUUGCUUAUCAUAACUCGUCAGCAUUAGUUGGAGGUGAUCAAAAUAUAAAUAUGAUGUUUAUACAGGCCAUUGGACUUAAACUGAAAAGUAUUGAUAUGCGAUUGCCACUGGGUCCGACUGCUGAACUAUCAUGGUUGGGCUUUACAGACAAAGGAUCUCCUGCUUUUUUCGAUUCACAUGGAAGUCUUAAAAUAUAUAUUACGACGUCUGGAGUUUGGAUGCCUUUGUGUGAUACCGCGUCGCAUGUUAAAGGAGUGUCUGAUAGAUUCUUCAUCAUUGAAGUAAGUGAAAUAAAGCAGGUUGUAUAUGCAGUGUUAUGCAGGGGAUCAAAGUAUCCACAAACAACACCAAGACCUGUCGUUAGUGAAUUGCCAUUGCAGUUUUCUAUGUGCGAGUCGGAGACAGAUAAAUCACGUUUGGAAGAACAGAUAUGUAGGUGGUCCUUGUGGAAUGCAGAUCCAGAUGAAAAACAAUUUAAAGAGACUGCUAUUAAAUUAUUUGCGUUGGCUUGUCGAAGUGAACUAGAACAAAGAGCUCAAGAAUUGGUAGAACUAAUUGGCUCUCAGCAAUUAUUAAAUCUUGCUAUUAAAUAUGCAAGUAAACUUGGAAGAAUGCACUUAGCAGAUAAGCUGGGAAUGCUAGCAAGAAAUAUGGAAGAGCGACCUGAAACACCAACAAUGGUUGCUGAACAACAAAAUGAUGUCUCUGUAGAUAUAGGAACACCUAAUAUUCACAAUAACAGUUUGUUAACAAAGAAUACAACUAAUGAAAAUAUCACACCUGUUGUAGUUGCACCAUUAGCAGUUAAAUCAUUUUCUCAAGGUCGUAACCCAUUCAGGUGUAAUUUAACACCAAAUUUCGGAACACCAAAUCCAUUGCAGCACUUAACUGAUAAAGUCAUUGGUUUCAAAACUUCAAAUACUCCUACACAUGGAACAGAUAUAAAUAAUGAAUCUGUUGAAAGUGAUACUGAAGUGAAUGAAACAUUUAUGAGUUGGUUCAACAAAGAGAAGAAAAAUUUGGAGAAUGAAUUUCCAAAUAAAUCCAGCGGUGAACUGACAAAACUUGCUAUGAGAUUAUUCAAAAGUAGAGGCAACAAAAGGAAAUUAUCUGAUGACCAAGAAAACCAGCCCACAAAUACAAAACAAUCAAAACUAAGUGCCUUUGCAUAUAAUAAAGCAUAAUUUUAA